UUUGUAUUUUUAUUUAAAAUGUGUUUAAUUGUUAUAUAGUAGUAUUUAAAAAUGCCACCAAAGAAAGGCAAGAAAUCCAAGAAAGAUAAAAACCAAAAAAAGAAAAUUCAGCCGCCGCCAAAACCUAAAAAGAUCCCUCCACCUCCAGAGUGCUUCACACAGGACGAUCUGAACCGAUUUAAGGAUAUGUUUAAACAACACGUUGAAGAGAAGACAGAAGUUGUCCUAUUGGAGAACAUUCCAUUGAUGCUAAAGAAACUGGGCUUCAAUCCUAAGAACUACGAAAUCCAGGAACUAUUUCGAUUGUUUCUCGACGAAUUUGCCGAGUUUGUGGAGUACCACGAAUGGUUGCAAAUGCUCGAAGCGAAGAUGAGCUGGGGUGACGAUUAUGAAGCUGUCGUUAUGAGAGCCUUCGCGUUUUUAGGUAAAGAUGAGGAAGAAAAGGGUAUUUGUGACUUCGAACUGAUACGAGAAGAGCUGAUGAAGUGGGGGGAACCGUUGGAAGAAAUAGAAUUCGUUGAUUGGCUCGCCGUUGCUUUGCGAAACAAAACAUACAAUGUAGAAGAUAAAACUAUCCAAUACGAGAAAUUUAUUCAGAUUAUGAACAAGAAGGAUACGAAGUAUAUACCAGAGCCAAUAAACUAUUUCAAAUUAGACCAGAAGACUUUAGCUGAGAUGGCGAAGAAGAAAGCGGAAGAGGAAAGAGAGGAACAAGUUAGGAAGGAGGCGGAGAAGAUUGCGAGGGAAGAGGCAAGAAGGCAGAAGAUGAUUGCAGAUGGUUUGAUACAACCUGACUGACUUCUCUGUUAUGUUGAAGAUAUUUCGUACAGGGUGUAACAAAACUAAGAAAUAAUACUUAAGGGUGUGUACUGUAUAUAUGUCCCGCAUAUAGAGUUCGGAGUGAAAGUAGCAGCGCAGAGAGAUUAACUUUUUUUAAAUCUCUUGUAUAGGAAAAUCCAUGACGCUCGAUUAUUGCUGUUGCCCAAACAAAUUAAAAAAAAAAAG